CGAUUUUCUCGCGUCUCAGUCCUCAGUCUGCUUCCGUCGCUGACAUAGGUCAGGGAAGCUGGUCCCGCGACGCUUCAUAUAUUGAUCAUUGAUACUGAUAUCCGAGAUAACAGUAUCGAAUCGAAAUAGUAGAUCCUAAGAAAAGUGUCAUCGUUGCCCCGGCGUUGCACGUCGGCAGAAAUUGCUUCAGUCCAAUCUCCGACCCUGCUGACUCUUCAACAGGUGGCCGAAAUCGAUCUCUCACGUAUAACAGUGGACUGAUCCUUUAAUUCACGGCCCAUGGAUCGACGCUGCUGGCGAAUACUUCGCUUCGGAAUUUCUUCCGGAUAAUUCCCCGAAUCGCAUUACCGACGAGGUAGAGGCGACCAGGGAGAGUAGAAAGUUCUCUUUCUUUUUUCGAAGGAAAGCAACAUAAUGGAUACCCACAACACAACUGCAGCUAAUAACCUGUCGGAGGACAUGAUGUCGAAUCUGAUGGUGCAGAUAGUGUUCUACGUGAUCUACAGUAUUAUCUUCAUACUGGGACUAUUCGGUAACGUGUUGGUGAUCUUUGUCGUCGGGCGAAACCAUCGUAUGCACACCGUUACCAAUCUCUUCAUUGCGAAUCUCGCGCUCAGUGACAUGCUGCUGUGCUUGUUGGCUGUACCCUUUACACCUCUGUACACUUUCCUAGGCGGUUGGGUUUUCGGUAAAACUCUCUGCCAUUUGGUACCCUACAGUCAGGCCGUAAGUGUGUAUAUCAGCACGCUCACACUGACAAGCAUAGCAGUCGACCGGUUUUUAGUAAUCAUCUAUCCGUUCCAAGCGCGUAUGAAGAUCAAGAUGUGCCUAGUGAUCAUCAUGGGCAUUUGGUUGAUCGCGUCACUGAUUACCUUGCCGUUCGGCCUCUACAUGCAUAUAGUGCAGGAAAAGCAUACCUUCUGGUGCGCGGAGAAUUGGCCUAGCGAGUCAUUUCGCAAGAUAUUCAGUUCGCUGACUUCGAUACUGCAGUUUGUCGUGCCGUUUUUCGUGAUUGCUUUUUGCUACAUAUGUGUGUCAAUCAAAUUGAACGACCGGGCGCGCGCUAAACCCGGUAGCAAGUCCAGCAAGCGUGAGGAAGAGGAUCGCGAGAGAAAGCGCCGGACAAACCGAAUGUUGAUCGCCAUGGUCUCGGUAUUCGGUGUAUGCUGGUUGCCGCUGAACAUCGCCCUCAUUAUUGCUGACUUCUAUACAGAUGUUUACUACGUCUGGCCCUACUUUCGGUUCUACUUCUUCAUAUCGCAUUGCAUCGCAAUGAGCAGCACCUGCUACAAUCCAUUCCUGUAUGCCUGGCUCAAUGACAAUUUCCGGAAGGAAUUUAAACAGGUCCUUCCGUGUUAUACAAGAAAUGGCAAUGGCAACAUUCCGAGGGCCAAAGAGACCGUGAGCAGAGGUGACAGAAUGGAUAACGGUAAUAAUACCAUGCAAGAAACAUUCCUGAACAGUACGAAAGCACAGACUAUCGAAGGAUGUGAGAUGACAACGCUGGUGCUGGACAAGACAACGAAUAUGAGAAGACAGUCAAAUCAGCCCUCGUGCUCGAGGGAUUCCGACGAUGCUCUGUAAGGGAAAGCGCAAAAGGUAAGCAGAUACUUUUGUUCUUUCUCUUACAGAGCGUGGUGUUUUCUCACGUAAAACUGCUAGACAUGUUAGACGAGGUAAACAUUAACUACCACAAUGCCGAAAAUGUCACGGCAGAACUGAAACUCGAUCAUUCACUUUUAAGUCGAUGACAGUGUGUUCUUUUUUGCGUUCUGGAUACCAGCUAAAGUUUAUUCUUCAUUAAAUUUUGUUCCAUUUUCUAAACUCUAAACGAUACGGCGCUCAGAUUAAAAAUCACUUUUCCUUCGCACAUUGACAAUAAAAAAAGUUAUCUCUUUAUAAGUAACUCUGUACGCGCGUGUGUGUUCACGUCCAGCACACCAAAAAAUAGAUAAAUGAAUGUUUGACAGCGCAAAUAUUAAUUAGAUGUUUUUUUACAUUUUAUCAUUAUAUACAUGUACUGUCUUUAUGUCACGUGCAAGUUCUACGCACUAGUGUUUCGUUGUUAUUUUUUCGGACGUGACCAUCAACUUAGAACAUUUAUAACAGAUCAGAAUCUCAUCUCCGUUUUUCGUCAAAGAAAUAAAAUUUGUUCACGUUAUAUGUUAUAUCACAGAGUUUUUACCUUUUGAAUCCUUGCUUGCCAGAGGAACUCGAUUUUUCAAUAUCUCUCGGUGAAAUGCUUUGAUUUCGCAAAGUACAUUCAUCUCCGUCACUUUUUCCAUUUCUUUCGUAUGUGUACUUUAUGGGAUUCUGCGGGCGGAACGACAAAUGCCAACUAGCUGACAUAGUACGCACGUAUAGCGCAAAUACUAGGUGGAAGUACCUAGGAGAGGAAUCCCCGAGCUUUACGAGAUCCGUGAGAGCGACGAGAGCCGUUCGAAUGAAUCGCGCGAUUUCCAUCUCCGGUCGAGUUACGGUCUAGAAAGUAGAGCGAAACACCGGGGACUCGCGGAAUGCCGAAUCCGAUGCUUCUCACGGCGGAUAAGUUUUUGGUAGUUGACACACACCGCAAUUUUGCUGAGAAUUCCACCACCCACGGUCUAGUCGUACAAUCUGUCUCUUUGUGCACUUUUCCGCUGAUGUGGCGUUAAAACACGCUUGCUCCAAACAGACAGAUUGACUUACGUAACGACCAGCUUCACGAAGAGUUACCGUUUCAUUCCCCGUUCACGUCACAACGCGUGAAACAGAACAAAGUCAGGAGAUGCAUUAAGAGAAAAUUGCUAUACCUAGAUAUCUUCCAUCUGUUUGUACAAGUCUACUUAUACAGAUUGUGUGGGUAGAAAACUUCGCUUACAACGAGAUUAGAAUAAAACCGAUUUAUCGCGAUGUCAGUAAAUAUUUUACUCUUGUGUAAAUUGUUUAAUCCACUUUAGAUGAUUUGUAAAUCGUCUGAAAGAACUCUGUUUAUAAUCUAAUAUGCAACUGUAAUAUACAAAAAAUGUUUAAAGGAAAUUGAAAUGAACGAAAAUGAAUACGCAUACUGAAAUACAUGUAUAAAUAUAACAUGUAUGGUAUUGCAUAAAAUAUUAUAAAUAAAUUUUUAUAUCUUGAAUUCCAACGCGCUAAAAGCUGUAACGUCUCAAAAUUAGAAUUGUGACAAUUUUUUAAAUAAAAUAUGUAGAUAUUAAAAUAUAUUUAAUAUUGGAAAAGAUAAUUAAAACCCAACAAAUCUAAUAAACAAAUGUAAAAUUUAAUCAUAAAUUUAUUUUGGUCAUUAAUUAUUGGUAUUCAUUUAUGUUCAGUCUUUUUUAUAUAUGAGUAUGUUUUCUUUAAAUCAUAAACGCAUUAAUUAUUUUAGACUUAAAACGAUGCAUUUUCUCCUUGCCUUAAUUACUUUACAUAAAUAAAAUAAUGUGUAUACUAAAAAAAGUCUUGUCGCAUUAAUUUAAAAUCUGACAGAUUCAAUCAGCGUGUUAAAAAACGAACAAAUCUUGUUGGGAUUAUUGGAUUAUAGGAAAGUCUAUCAAACGUUUGGAUUAUAAAAUCUCGAGUUCUAUUAUAAUAAUCAGAAAUGCAUGGUUUCAUCAAAAUGCAUUCAAUCAUAGAAUUUCUUGUUCUUCAACUCAUUUUUUUCAGUAUAUGCAAAAUGCUUUUUUUCUCAAUAAGACAUUUCUAAAAGAAGAAUUUUGAGAUUCUUAUUUUUAGCGCUUAAAAUUUUUUUACAUUAAGGUUCAUAUUCUAACAUUCUUGCCCUUAUUUCGUCACCGAUCGUUAACUUCCUAUUGGGGGAAAUAUAACAGGAAGGUAAAAGCGAAUAAAAAGUUUUGCAGUAAGCUUCGCGAGAUAUUUCAGCGUCGACAAUAUAUAUCAUGAUUCAGGCCAGGUGCGAGUCUCUGAUCGUAAAAGAGAAGAGAACGGGAAGAAGUUCGGUAACUAUGACGUAAAUGGCUUUUACGAAGCCGAAAAUAAUGCGUUUUAAGUCAAAAGUUUCGCGAGAAGGAGGGAUGGGUUUUUGUCGAAAGAGACUUAUAUUAAAUCCCGAAGCAUUCCCGAUACUUCACCUAUGCAAAACUUGUUCCUAUUUAAAAGCCGCAAAUGCAAGUAAAAUAUUGAACGGGUAAAGCCCCGAACGGCGAUAUUGAAUCGUCCUUUUAUAGCGAUCUAACAUGAUAUGGCUUACAUAAUAUUUCAUUAUACAGCGCCGCGUCCCUUCGAUGGCUUAUUUCGAUGGAUGUAUUGAGCUACGGCUCGAUAUUGAACUUGAGCUUGAUUCUGAUCGUACCCUGUAAUAAAAAUUAGAAAAAAAAAAA